UCCACUCAGCUCUUCUGCUCUCCAUCCUCUUCAUUCUUAACAGCCUUCUCACUACUCUUCUUCAUCGACUCGAUCAUCAACGAGCAAGUGGUAACACAUCACUUCUGCUCGUGAUCCAUUACAACAUCUGUGACUCUCUAUUUCAUCGUCGCCCGGACUCGGUCACAAUCACCACGAUCGAUCAGCUUUCUACUUCCAAACAAAGCAUCAACAAACACCAUGUCCGCCGAAGUACAAGAAUCUCACGAUCACCACGUCUUGACCAAAGUCGACUCAGCCGUCGAUGACACCACUCCGGCCUCACCAAAGGACGUGAAGCCCAAACAUCGCCGAAGCAGCAGCAUUGUAGAGGGUGUCUUCAGCAUCUACGAUCUUGAAAAGGAAGGUGUCGACCUGAAGCUGGCACCGGAGACACAGAAGCUGAAUUGGAAGAUCAACACCUCACCCAGCACCAUUGAAGAAAAGGAAUAUCUCAAGAAGCUCGUAUGCCACCCACCAAUCCGCCGGAUCGACCUCAGGUGGCCGCUAGGUCUUGAGGUGACUGCCCGGAACAACCACGGCGUCACCAUCAAGGAUGUUUGCGAUGCCAUCUACAAGCAGUUCCGUAAAAAGGCUGCCGAUGAGCUCGAAAACCCUUACCUCGCUGGGUUCGAGUGGGAUAAGGAAGAGUUCUACACCAAAUUCAUCGUCCAUCAGAAGGCUACGGGUGAGGCACCGGCCAGCAGCGGAGGCAAGAAGAAGAAGAACAAGUCGACCGAAGAGGAGGCUUAGUGAGUACAUGGAAUCUUGAUGAUGGUCACUAUCACGAGACGAGAACCUCGGAUCCGAUGCCAUGCGAUGAGCAUUCCUCAGAGACUGCGAGCCUUGGCCAUCAUUCGGGAAGUACGCUAUCACGGAGUAUGGAGGAGAAAUACGGAAAC